UUUCAGUAUACUAUCCCAAAUUUAGAACACAUCAACGCUUGUUUAACCGUGUCUGUCCUUUACCAACCUUGACUCGGCUCGUAGAUCUAGAUGUAUUGUAUUUUAGCAUCGGCAAUUAUAGGCGCGGCAUCAGCCCUCUGCAGCCUGGAAACAUGCGCUCUUGUGGGGACCGCACGCCCAUUAAACUGUAAAGGGAUAAUUAUUAAGAAUGGUGGAUAUUGUGGAUGUUACGAUGUGUGUGCCAAGCAAGCCGGCGAGUCGUGUCAGGUGAGACCAGAACUGGACGGGAGGUGGACUUACGGCUCGUGCGAGCCAGGCCUGAUAUGUGUCCCCCACGGUGAGAUGGUCGGUAUAGGAUAUGGCCACUGUCAUAUUCCUCGGACAACCCGAUGGUUGACCUCAAUGACCCAUAAUACUCCAUGCGAGCAGAUGAGGCGCGCGCGACUCCUUUCCAUGGCCGUCUGGCAGGGCGAGUGGACACCAGUUUGUGACGCCCUGGGUAACUUCUAUACCCACCAAUGUGACAAUAUAGGUCAAUGUUUCUGUGUGGAGACUCAUAGCGGCAAAAUGCUGACCGUCAAGACUCUGGGAGCAGUGGACUGUAGUGCUCAACAGGAAGUCACCAAGGAGGUCACCACCACCAUGAUACCAACCAAGGCACCCGCUGCCCGUUUCCUGGAUACCAUGGGUAUGUCCCACAACACACCCUGUGAACAGCAGAGGAGAGCUCGCCUCAUGUCCAUGGUGGUAUGGCAGGGACAGUGGGUACCCGUAUGUGAUUCUAAGGGCAAUUACCUUCCGCACCAGUGUGACAAUAUGGGUCAAUGUUUCUGUGUGGAGACCAUGAAGGGGACACUACUCACGGCAAAAUCUCACGGAACCGUGGACUGUACUGGAAAUCAAAGUUAGGUGGCCCGGUCCCAUCACUGUCAUCAGCGAGAAAUAUGAAACAUUAUCCCAAUGAUUUCCGUUACUAAUUACAGAAUCUGAUGAUAAAUGUUAAUAAUGAAAAUACAAUGAACUGAGCAUUUA